AUGGCCGUACAAGAGGGAUUGGCAGAUGAAGAGAAUGCAAAGCUACGUCUCCAAGAGUUCGAAGCACCAGACGAAAAGAGACUCGAAGCGCAACAACGCCUAGAGUGUUACCAAGCUCGGCUUUCAAAUGCUUUUAACAAGAAGGUUCUCCCCAGACCUAUCAUCACAACACACAAAACCGGAAGCAAGUUUACUUCAAAAUGGGAUGGGCCCUACGUAGUACAAGAAGUGUACAUAAGUGGCGCUUACAAGAUCGUAGCAGAGGACGAUUUAAGAGUUGGCCCUAUCAACGGAAAGUUCUUGAAACAAUACUACGCAUGA